AUGACGUCCACCUGCACCAACAGCACGCGUGAAAACAACAGCAGCCACACGUGCAUGCCCCUCUCCAAAAUGCCCAUCAGCCUGGCUCACGGCAUCAUCCGCUCCAGCGUGCUGCUCAUCUUCCUCACCGCCUCAUUCGUGGGCAACAUAGUGCUGGCGCUGGUGUUGCAGCGGAAGCCGCAGAUGCUACAGGUGACCAACCGAUUCAUCUUUAACCUCUUGGUCACUGACCUGCUGCAGGUUUCACUUGUGGCCCCCUGGGUAGUGGCCACCUCCGUGCCUCUCUUCUGGCCCCUCAACAGUCACUUCUGUACCGCCCUGGUUAGCCUCACUCACCUGUUCGCCUUUGCCAGUGUCAACACCAUCGUGGUAGUGUCGGUGGAUCGCUACCUGUCCAUCAUCCACCCCCUCUCCUACCCGGCCAAGAUGACCCCGCGCCGGGGUUACAUGCUUCUCUAUGGCACUUGGAUCUUGGCCGUCCUGCAGAGCACACCUCCACUCUAUGGCUGGGGCCAGGCUGCCUUUGACAAGCGCAAUGCCCUCUGCUCCAUGAUCUGGGGGGCCAGUCCUAGCUACACCAUUCUCAGUGUGGUGUCCUUUAUCAUCAUUCCACUGGUUGUCAUGAUUGCCUGCUACUCUGUGGUGUUUAGUGCAGCCCGGCGGCAGCAUGCUCUUCUGUACAAUGUCAAGAGACACAACUUGGAGGUUCGAGCCAAGGAUGUUGUGGAGAACGAGGACGAAGAGGGAGAGAAGAAGGAUGAGUUCCCAGGUGAGAGCAGGUUCCACUGCCAGAAUGAAGGUGAGAUCAAGGCCAAGGAAGGCAACAUGGAGGCCAAAGAGGGCAGCAUGGAAGCCAAGGAUGACAGCAUGCAGGGUAAGGAAGGCAGCACCAAAAUUGAGAGUAGCAUGACAGUAGACAAGGGCCGCGUGGAGAUCAAACAGUGCAACAUUGACUUGGGUGAAGAUGACUUGGAGUUUGGUGAGGAUGACAUCAAUUUCAAUGAGGAUGACAUUGAGGCAGUGAACAUCCCAGAGAGUCUCCCACCGAGUCGUCGAAACAGCAAUGAUCCUCCUCUGCCCAGAUGCUAUGAGUACAAAGCUACUAAAGUGAUCUUCCUCAUCAUUUUCUCCUACAUGCUGUCCCUGGGACCCUACUGCUUUUUAGCAGUCCUGGCUGUGUGGGUGGAUGUCCAAACCAAGGUACCCCAGUGGGUCAUCACCAUAAUCAUCUGGCUUUUCUUCCUGCAGUGCUGCAUCCACCCCUACAUCUAUGGGUACAUGCACAAGACCAUCAAGAAAGAAAUCCAGGAUAUGCUGAAGAAGUUCUUCUGCAAGGAAAACCGCCCCAAAGAAGACAACCACCCAGACCUUCCUGGAACUGAAACUGGCACAGACGGGGGGACUGAAGGCAAGACCGUCCCUUCUCAUGAUUCUGCCACUUCACCUUGA